AUGGCCGAUACAUCAGAACCAUUGUUGUCUCAUUUCACCGAUGAUUCCGAAGUCAACAGCAAUAACAGAUCACAAGAAUUGACUUUCGACAAGAUCGUCGAACAAAGCCUGUCGGAUUUCGGAUUCUUGCAAAUUUUCCAGAUCUUCCUCGUUGGUCUCGCUUUGCUCUUCGAUGCUCAACAGAUAUUCAUCACUGUCUUCACAGAUGCAUAUCCAACGUGGCACUGUCUUAACCACACGAUCUGCGAUCAUUCAGUUUCCGAUAUCUGCAAGCUUCCAAGAUCAGCUUGGGAAUGGGACGGUGGCUCAAAGGGCAAAUCCAUCAUUUCAGAAUUCGGCCUCGAGUGCUCGAGCUCGUUACUCAGAGGUAUGCCUAGUUCUGCUUUCUACAUCGGUGCAAUUGUUGGAGGAUUCGUUCUAGCUUUGAUCCCUGAUGAUUCCUUGGGUCGCAAGAAACUGGUUUUAUUCUCAACUUUUGCAAUGUCAGUCACUGCAAUCUCCGUCAGUUUCUCGACCAACGUAUGGAUUUACGCAUUCCUGAAAUUUGUCAUCGGAUUCACGCGUUCUCAGACCUGGUCCUACGCGGUGGUUCUUAUCAGCGAGCGAGUCUCGACUAGAUGGAGACCGAGAGCUACGAUGAUUCCAUUUACCCUAUUCGUUUUAGGGUUUAUGUCUUUGUCUGGAAUCACUUACCUUGCUCAACACUCUUCAUGGAGAUUUCUCUAUCUAUACACAUCCGUUCCAGCAAUGUUCUACUGUCUCUUUCUUUACUUUUUCGCACUCGAAUCGCCCCGGUGGCUUCACAUGCAAGGAAAUGAUAAAGAAGCCAUUGAUGUACUCAUAAAGUUGUCGCCGGAGAAUAAAGCCUACUUGGAAUCAGCGAUUUCUAAGUUACCCCUUGAGCAAGAAACUACUGAACAAGUGCCAAGUUACUCGAUCAAUGACUUUUUCACCAGAAAAUGGGCUUUUCGGAGGAUUUUAGUUGUUAUGAUCAUAAUGUUUGGGUUGGGAAUAUCGUAUUACGGAGUUCCUUUAGCAGCUAGAGACUUAGACGUCAACAUCUACUUGAGCGAAACCCUAAACGCAUUGGUGGAGUUGCCUACUUUCCUUAUCACUCCGAUCUUAUUGGAGAGAUUCAACCGAAGAAGCUCUGUUCUCGUGAAUACCUUACUCGGUGGAGCAUCGGGAAUGCUCUGUUUCGUUUUAAGCAUUCUCGGAAAAACAGACAUUUCGUUUGUGUUCGAACUCGGGACAUUCUUCUGCGCAAGGAUCGGAUUCAACCUAAUGGCUGUUUAUAUGGUUGAAAUGUUUCCAACUUGUGUGAGAAGUAGUGCAACAAUGAUGUUUAGACAAGCUCUUGUUGUUGGAGGAGCUUGUUGUCCGCUAAUUGCUUCGAUUGGAGGAGACACACCUUCGGUUUCUUUCGCGAUUUUCGGAAUCACCAUGUCUGGUUUAGGGCUGUUCGUUUUGAUUCUGCCUGAGACAAAAGGUUUGAGUCUCUGCGAUUCGAUGGAAGAACAAGAAAAAAGAGAUCAAUCCUUAAACAGUAGCCAUUGUUGUUGA